UUCUUGUCAGUCCACUCCUCCUAGGGCUCAGCAGCAGCAACCCCUUGCUUCAGGUUAAGGGAAGAGCAAGGUGAUUUUUGCAGAUCUGAAGGGGACUUGAUUUAGGACGUCUGAGAAAGAGGAAGGGUCCAGGAUUUGCCUUCGGGCUUGGAUUGCUGAAUCAAAAUAGCAGGCCCAGCCUACCACGACGAUGACAGUCACUUAUUCCAGCAAAGUAGCAAAUGCCACUUUCUUUGGAUUUCACAGAUUACUCCUAAGGUGGAAAGGCAGCAUCUACAAAUUGCUGUACAGAGAAUUUAUUGUUUUUGCUACUCUUUACACAGCGAUAAGUGUAUUAUACAGAUUUUUUCUUACAGGUAGCCAAAAACGCUUCUUUGAAAAAUUAUCAAUUUACUGUGACAGAUAUGCUGAACAAAUCCCAGUAACUUUUGUUCUUGGUUUCUAUGUAACUUUGGUGGUGAAUCGCUGGUGGAACCAGUUUGUGAACUUGCCUUGGCCAGAUCGUCUGAUGCUGCUCAUCUCCAGCUGCGUGCAGGGCAGGGAUGAGUACGGGCGCCUGUUAAGGAGGACUCUCAUGCGCUAUGUGAAUUUAACCUCUCUGCUGAUCUUUCGCUCUGUCAGCACCGCUGUGUACAAAAGGUUCCCCACCAUGGACCAUGUGGUUGGAGCAGGUUUUAUGACAAAAUAUGAAAGAAAACUUUUUGAUGACCUUAAGUCUCCGCACCUGAAAUACUGGGUCCCAUUUGUCUGGUUUGGAAAUUUGGCAUCAAAGGCACGAAAGGAGGGAAGAAUUCGAGACAGUGUGGAUCUGCAGACACUGAUGAAUGAGAUGAAUAAGUACCGGUCUUGGUGUAGCCUUUUGUUUGGUUAUGACUGGGUUGGAAUUCCACUGGUCUAUACCCAGGUUGUUACUCUCGCAGUCUAUACCUUUUUCUUUGCCUGCCUGAUAGGGCGUCAAUUUUUGGAUACUGACCAAGGGUACCAGGGACAUGACUUAGAUAUUUACAUUCCAAUCUUCACACUGCUGCAGUUCUUCUUCUAUGCAGGAUGGCUCAAGGUCGCUGAACAACUCAUUAAUCCCUUUGGAGAAGAUGAUGAUGAUUUUGAAACUAACUGGUGCAUCGAUAGAAAUUUACAGGUUUCACUUCUGGCUGUGGAUGAGAUGCACAUGAACUUGCCAAGGAUGGAGAAAGAUAUUUACUGGAAUGAUACCUCUGCCCGCCCACCCUACACAAAAGCAGCUGCUGAUUACUGUAUUCCUUCCUUCCUUGGAUCGACUAUUGAAAUGGGGCUGGCUGAUACUGAAUUUCUCUAUGGGGAAGAGUGGCCUUGGGAAGAGGAGAAACACCAGAGACAGUACUCGGUUUUGAGAAGAGUCAAGAGGUUUCUCAGCGUCCAUGAGAGUCCUUCAUACCCCACUCACCAGCGCUACAGUCGGCAGACGAGUGAGAAUUCGGUGUUUUUCCCAGCAGAUGAAAAAGGGCACAUCAGACGGCUGCAGGAAAUGCACACAAGAGGGAGGCACUCUACCUUAAGCUUCAAGAAGAAACAUGAAGGAGUUUCCAGAAGUAACAGACUUCAUGGUAGCCGAGAGCUAGGACCCAUAACAGAAACCUCAAGGAACGAGGCACAUUUUGGUGACAGUGACACCUCAUCUGAGGCAACCAGGCCAGUUCCUGAGGUCAUAGUUUCUGAAGCCCAGGAGAUUGAACCUGAUGUGGUGGACAAACCAGACCUGCCAGCAGAGCGCUCCGCAAGCAUGCCAGAAGAGAAGCUCCAAAGGAUCAUAGCUGAGGCAAAUGUGGCUCUUCUGAACCAACACUUUUUCCCCCCAGAAAUGACUCCAUACCUCUCAAGUUCAGAGGUGCAUCAGUCACUUCCUAGUGUGAUAGGAGAGCCCAAACACGAGCCCCAGGUUAGUAACAUAGCUGGUCUCAUAACAGAUCAUGAGAGAAACCUCCAGCGAUGGAGUUUACCAAGCUUCCAUAGUCCUAGUACAGCAUCAAAUGCUGAUGCUGCACCAUCUUCCACAGAUUCUGAGACAACUUCACAGGAAAGGACAUUCAGUGAUGGAAAAAAUGGCACUUCUGCUUGUGCUCCACAAACAUUUGAGAUGCAGGACUUAUGGGAAAACCUGGACAGUAAAGAAACAGCCAUAGUAGAAUUUUCUAAUGAGGAGAGUGAAAGAAAACUUUGACCAUUCUU